AACUGGUCUUUAAACCCCGCGCCAUUGACUCACCUCCACCUGGUGACGUCAGUGUUGUUAUCUACCUGUGUCAGGAUGGCCCGGCACUUCAAGGAACAGGACAUUGAUGAAUUCAGGGAGUGUUUCUCCUUGUAUGCUCGCAAUGGACAGAUCCGCACCCUGGACCAGUUGACAGUAAUCAUGCGUUCCCUGGGCAUGAGUCCAACCAUCUCUGAACUCAAGAAAUAUUUUAAGGACAAAGGUGGUAAGAUGAGUUUCCCCGACUUCCUGGAUGUGAUGCACAAACACAGUCAAGUGGAGAAGAUACCCGAGGAAAUCUUGGCUGCCUUCAGAGGUCACGACCCUAAGAAGACUGGAUCCAUACCUGCGCGAGAUCUUCGACACAUACUCCUACAGUGGGGUGAAUGUCUCAGCCACAAGGAAGUGGAGCAAAUCUUCCGUGAGGCCAACAUCUCUCCAAAUGGUGUCAUCAGGUAUCAGGAUUUCUGCAGGAUUGUCUGUGCACCUGUGCCUGAUUACUAUUGAGGUUAGGGCUGGAUACACAACUGCCAUAGAUUUGUAGCGAUCAUGAAUAAAUGUGCCUUACUUUUCUAUGGUUAGGUUAGGUUAGGUAUGUCAGGUCAGGUCACAUUGUAAUCAGUUAAAUAAUAUAUAAAUUAUGACAACCUAGUGAACCAAAUACUGUACUGUUAUAUACAUAUAUAAAUCUGACUUUCAAAAUGAUGCUAACUUUAUAACCAAAAAUACAUAAUUAACUCCUUUGAUAGUCAUUGAUUAUAGAACUAAAAACUUAAGUCGCCUGCACUUAUAGUCCCUAGUGAAGUGGCUGAUACAUUUUAUGAGAUGUGGCAACUCUGUGGAAUGUUUAUCUAGCAUCCUUUGUCUGUCUACUAUUGUGAGGUUCCUUAGGGCCAUUCUGGGAGUUUUAAUAUAAUGUAAACAAAGACAGAGUUGCCACAUCUCGCACAAUGCUCCAGCCAGCCACUGUACCGGGUAUAAGACCAAGCGAUGUACAGAAUUAUAGUUCUUAAGAGGUCUUCCAAUUUUACAUCUGAUUUUAUAUGUAAAUUCAAUAUUUUAAGUCAGCCAAAGAUAGAAUAUACAGUAAAAGUCCAAAAAUCCGGAUGCCAGGAGUCCGGACCACCCGAGAAUCCGGACUUUUCGAAAACUCAAACUUUUUAAAUUUAGCGGGGGCUA